CAAAUUAUGUACACAAAUUCCGUUGCAAGCAAUAAGCUUUUUUCACUACAUAUAAAUAAAAAAAUUAAACGAAAAGGUGUUUAAUCAUUAGCAGCAAAAUUAAUAAAAUCCUGUCUUGAGUACACAUCUAAACGUAUGUUGUACGUUUAUUCUAUUUAUUGAAUAUUUAUAUUGUAGUCUUCCUAAGUAAUGGUGCCUUCGAAAACAAGCACUGUGAACCGUUCACUGUUAACAUUUAAACCCAUAAUGCUUUACCGAGGUUUAAUAUUUAAAUUUUAUAUGAAAAAGGUGCUACCACAAAUAUUUACAAUAAAUAAAUUAAUCUAUAAAUCUGUUACAAUAUCAUUUGCACAUCGACAUGGAUACAAAUAUCUUGAAUUACUUCCUACAAGAUAUGAAAGAGGAAUUGCAAGCUCAAUACCAUUUUACAAAGGACAAUAUGCGUAGAAUAAUUGAAAUGGUACGAGUGGUUUUAGAAAUUGGUAAUUACUUUGAAACCCGAUCUGAUCAAGUGCCGGUGGAGCUUCAAAUAAUGGCAGCUAUAUGUUACUGGAGCUUAAAUGAGCAUCCGAAAAUGACUGCACUUGCACAUGGUGUCAGUAAACGUAUACUUAAUAAAAUAAGUAGACGUUUUGUGAUUGUAUUAGCAUGAAAGGCUUCUCAAUACAUACGUAUAACUGCUACACUUACAGAAAAAUAAUUAAUCACAUAUGCUUUUCAUGAGCUGACAUAAAUGCCUCAAGUUAUCGGACCUUCAACGCUUCGUUUCCAACGCAAUGUAGGUUAUGGAACAACAAAUAAGAAUAGUGAUCCAUCUAAAGUCCUUAUACAUAUCCAAGUUUGUACAAAUAUAGUUACAACAUUUAAAUAGCUUUAUUUUUUAUUAUUUUAAUAUUUAUUUAUAUUUAUAAAUUGUUUCCGAUGCUUCCUUUACAAUACGUGACCUUGAUUGCAAAAUGAUGGAUAAUAAUUACACGAAUAAUACAAAUGAGUUCUUAAAAAAAGAAUCAAAGAUCGUUUCCAACAAAAUGAAUUCCGUGGUCGUAUUCUAUUUGGGAGAAAUUCAUUUGAUGUGUACUUCAUGCUUAUUCACACUUAUAAAAUUUCCAUCUGUUCCAGAAGAACAAAGCUUUA